AUGACUGCAAGUAGUUAUAGCAGUAACGCAAACAACUAUGAGCUUAUCCCUUGUAGAGAGUUAACGUGGAACCUUUCACGAUCUCAUUUAACGACUCAGUACAAGUCAUUUUAUAUGUGCUUUGACGAUGGAUCGUUUGGGUAUAUUCAAUUUGCAUACGGAAACCUUGGAUUAUUCGUAAAAGUUGCUCCCUUAGGAUGGACUUACUAUCCUUCAAAGGAUCAACCGGACCAGGAGCCCAUUAUCUCCAGCUCUACGUAUAUGUACAGGAGUAUGAAGGUUUCCAAGGAUCAUUACAGUGUUGACGUUCAUAAACAUUUCAUGCAUUUUGACGUGAAGGCGCAAACUUGGCAUGUUGGGAUUGAAGGAAUGUACGAUCUUACCAUACAAAUGAAAAACGACGGGUACGCUUUAACGGAUUUUGGUCAAAACAAUACUGGAGGGUACAUGGAACAUAAAAUAUUUCCAGUCAGUUCUCUUAAGGGCUCGGUCACUGCGCAUGGAAACACAAGAAAUGUUACUGGCACUGCUGUCUUCAUUGACGCCAUGUUUUUUAAAGAUAAAUUUACCAAUUUGGGACAUACAUGGCAAAAUAGUCUAUUGUUUGACGAGUCCAAAAAGAAUGUUUUGACUUGUUUGCAUUAUUUUCCCCGAAAUACAGCCGACACUUUUCGAUCCCAAGCUAGUUUGACUCUGGAUGACAAACUGGUUGCCGUUCUCUUGAAAAAUGAGUAUUCCACAAAUGGCGCUUCCCGGGUGGAUGGGAUACGAUACCAAUUACCUACCCAUAUCGAUCGGGUGCUUACAGGAUCUACGCUUGACGACAAGCCUGUCCGGGUGCAUCUGGCAUCAGAUCUUGACAAAGUUCAAAGUAUCACUGAUGUAUUAAAUAUUUUCCCCAAAUGGGCAAAGGAUGUUGUAUCUAUAUGGGCUGGCCUUCCUUAUGUCUUUGUGUGGUUGCAGCAUUUGAAAGCUGAGGUAUAUAUAGAUGACCAGAUCGUUUCUACUUUGUCGGGUUGCCAUUACGUGGAGCAAACUUGUGUCCAUAUGCCCAAUUAA